AUGACAUGGAAUGAAUCCGGAAACUCAGCUCUCAAGAUCAACAUCAGAGAACUUUGCCUCAGCGGUGUAUGGCCGCUGACAGACUGGAAGCUCUUUCGCGCUUACAGUGUCUUAAUCUGGAUUCUGGGCCUGGAGAAUUUCGUGGAAGCUAUGGUGGGGAUAUACCUGAGCCAUGGGAACUUGGAAGAGAUAACACUGGUGCUGCCCAACACGUUCACCACGGCCGGCGGCGUCUUCAAAAUGGCCUUCUUCCUCAGGGACCCCUACAGUUACAACGUCCUGGUCCGCCUCAUGGACGAAGUCCUGUCAGACUCCAGCCAGUUUAGCAGGGACAACCAGCAGAUGAUGUCAGUCGCGAAGGAGGCGCGCCGGACCGCACAACGCCUGUCAGCCUUCAUUUAUGCUUUUGUCAGCACGCAGAUAAUCAUUUGGUUUCCCAUGCCCCUGAUCGCGUAUGCUGGGGAAGGGAAACUGCCAUUCAUACAGCACCCGUGGAUCAACUCGACGACUUUUCCGGCCUACGACACAAUGUACGCACUGCAGUGCCUGUCUUCUGGGUUCCACAUCUUCAUUAGUCUCGGAAUGGACUGCUUCUUCGCCGUGGUGAUGAUCCAUACGACAGCCUGCUUGAGAAUACUGUCUUUGCGACUUACUGCCCUGCGGUCGGACAUCGUUCCAAGUAGCGAUGGCUCGGCCACGGGCAUGUGUUAUGGGAGUCGAGAACCAGUGGCAUGUGAUGAGAUGUACAAGAAAUUGCGAGCCUGUAUAUGCAGCCACCAGAAGAUUAUUGGAUUUAUCUCCUACUUGGAAACUGUCAUGAAUCCAAUAGCGAUGACGCAGUUCGCUUUCAGCGUUUUGGUAGCCUGCGUCGCGCUGUACCAAGCCACAUACAGCGAGGACAUCAGCGCCGCCUGGAGAUGCGCGGUCUUCCUGCCAACACCGGGAGCGCAGGUGUUCCUCUACUGCUGGGCGGCGCACAACGUUAUGGAGCAGGGCCAGGCGGUGUCGGCGGCCGCGUACGACAGCUCGUGGCUGGCAGGCAGCAGCCGCUUCAGGCGCGCCCUCCGCAUCCUCAUGUGCCGCGCCGAGAAGCCGCUGGUGCUCACUGCGGGACACCUCUACCCCAUCAACAAGCCUGCCUUCCUCUCGCUGGUGAAUGCUUCAUACUCUUACUACGCACUAUUGGGCCGCCUGCCGAGCCGUUGA